GGCAUUGGAGGGGGUUUCGCGAGCAGCAAGAAGCGGCCACUAAAGGGCCCCGUGGCGGCGUUCCCCGCGUACGGCGACCGCGACGCGACGCUGGCACUCCACGGCCCCAUGGAGACGUUCACCACGCGCAUCAAUGUCGCGAUCUACGAUCCCGCAUCAAAGACUCUUAAAUAUGCUAAACGGCCAUUCAGAGCGCACGUGUACUACGUGCCGCUGAAGAUGGGGUCGAAGCAGCAGCGCUUCCUGGCGCAGGUGGACAUGCUCUUUAGCUCGCUCUGGGUGCCCUGCGACUGCAUCUCCUGUGCCAAGGGCCGCCCGGAGGUGCCGAAAGAUACCCCUUUCGACUCCCUCUCCUCCUACUCCGUCCAAUACCUCUCCUGCUCCGACCCCCGCUGCGUCUCCGUGGGGGUUUCCGAGUUUAAUACACCCCUGGUGGGGUGCAACGACCCUGGCAAAACGAACCCGUAUGUGAACACGUCCUUGAUUCCGGGCAACGACCCUCUCUGCGUGUACACGACGCCGCUGGGGGUCAACAGCUACGAUCUCUUUACUUAUGACAACACCACCAUUCUCUUCGCCAAUGCAAGUGAUCCCUCGAUCGGCCCUCUGGAUUCCGCUGGUCAUGUGAUUGCUGAUACGCUCUUCUUUCCAGAAGACCCGGCUACUGCAGCCGCGGCUGCAGCUGUAGACGCAGCAGCGAAAGCAGCGGCAGAGGCAGAGGCAGAAGCAAAAGCAGUGGAAGAAGCAAUAGCAAUUGCGGUUGCAUAUGGUGUCAUCUCUCCUGCACCUGCUUCCUCUGCGGCACCUGCACCUGCCGCUGCAGCAGCGCCGCCACCACCGCCACCUCUUUCCAACCGCACCAUCUUCUUUGGAUGCGGCUCCGCACAGUCCGGGUGGUGGGGGCAGCAGGACACAUGGGUUCCCAACGGAGUGGUGGGUCUGGGCCCGUUCAGCCCGCUUCUGAAGCAGGUGGCGAAUGAAUCCAUGUCGUUUGCCAUGUGUCUGGAGAAGCCGAGGCCAUGGGUGGAGAAUGUGACGCGGUGGAAUCAGAAUAACCUAGAGCUGCAGGUGGUGCCUGUGGAGAGGUUUGAUGGGGGGAGUCACCUCAUGGUGGGGCCUGUGGACUUCCCUGCCAAUGCCAGCCGCACCGAGAUUUAUUCGUUUGAUGGCUUGUACAUUCCAGUCAUCCUCAACACGAGUUACAGCAUGGGAAACAGGAUUCUAGUGAACCACCCAAAGGCAAACGAGGACGUGAAUGUGAUUGCCUUCUCCUCCACCAUCUUCACGCACUUUCUGAAGUUUGAUCUCGUGCAAGCCAUCCUCACUGAGCUUGGAUUUGCCAACGCCUUUGAUUCAAUGACCGUGAACAACACCACCCUUGCCUGCUUCCGGAGUAACAAGGAUCCAUUCACGACCUUCCCGAGCAUCCGCAUUGGUUUUGUCGAGGGCUCUGAGUUCGUCGUUCCUCCUUCCGGCUACGUUGCCCAAGUGGGCGACAAGGAAUACUGCUUCCUGUGUCAUGUUGGGGAAGAUAUUGACAUCUGGGCAGCACCGGCACUGUAUGACAAGCAGAUUUACAUCAACUACCCUAACAAGACCUUUGCUUGGAUCGACACCCCACAAUGUUCAAAGAACCUCUCAUUUGUUCCGCCGCCGCCCUCACCUCCUGCUCCUGCUGUGCCCAAGCCUGGUGCCCGACUGGCUGCUCUGCCGUCCCUAUCUUGGCACCUGGUGACGACAGGGUCUCUCCUGGUGCUGCUGCUACUGCCGCUGCUGCCUGUCUGA